GAUGAAUUCAGUCAACUAAACAUGGUAGCACUCAACAUAACAGCAGCACUUCUCCUGCUUUUGGUGGCCUCUUCCGAAGGAGCCAGAAUUCUUGGCGUACUGCCUCCAGGUGGGAAAUCUCAUUUCUACAUCGGGGCUGGUUACAUGAAAGCCUUGGCCGAAGCAGGGCACGAUGUCACUGUGAUCAGUUCCUUUCCGCUGAAGAACCCGCCCAAAAACUACCGGGACAUUGAGCUAACCGUAGAUCAGACCGAAGAAGAGUACGAUGAGAACAUGUUGGAUUACAAAAGCUCGAACUGGUUCACCGCGCCCUUCCACAUGUUGUACUUUUUGUAUGAAAUGUUCCCUGAUGGGAUGUGCGGGUUCGUCCUGAAUCAUCCGAAUGUGGUGAAGCUGCUCAACUCGGAUGAGAAGUUCGAUGUAGUGCUUGUGCAGACAUUUAUAACUGAAGCAUUGUAUGGUUUUGCACAGCACUUCGAUGCUCCACUGAUUUCGUUUUCAACUUUAGGAAGUUCCUUGUGGACCGACAAUCUUGUGGGAACUUCAGCGACACCAUCAUAUGCGGCACAUUUCUUACUUAGCUACACAGACAACAUGUCCUUCUGGCAGCGGUUCUAUAACACGAUCAUAACCGCUUACGAUAAAUUGUACUAUGAGUGGCGGUAUCUUCCCGUACAGAAGAAGCUGUACGACGCUGCAUUUCCCAAUGCCAAGUUGACUUUCGAGCAGCAGAUGAAGAAUGUGUCUUUAGUUUUCCUAAAUACACAUUUCAGCUUGGGCAAUCCAAGGUCGUAUCCGCCAAAUAUGAUUGAUGCUGGAGGAAUCCAAAUUCAAGAGACGAAACCUUUGCCUCAGGAUCUUCAAAAAUAUUUAGACGAUGCGAAAGAUGGGGUCAUUUACUUUUGCAUGGGAUCUAACAUAAAAUCGACUCACCUUCCGGAAGAGAAACGGAAUGCUUUUCUGAAGGCUUUCUCCAAACUCAAACAACGCGUUGUGUGGAAGUUUGAGGACGAAACCAUGCUUAACCAACCGCCCAACUUGAUGGUCAGGGCUUGGUUGCCACAGAAUGAUAUUCUCGCCCAUCCCAACGUCAAGCUGUUCAUCACUCACGGAGGUCUUCUCAGCACGACGGAAGCGCUGUACCACGGCAUCCCUUUGAUAGGCAUUCCGAUUUUCGGUGAUCAACCGAUGAACGUCGAGAAGGCCGUUCGGGGAGGGUAUGCCGUGCUGCUGGACUAUCCGGAUAUUACCGAACAAACCGUCGAGGAGGCAAUCAGUACCGUGCUGGAUGAUCCGUCCUAUUCGAGAAAUGCAAAGUUAGUGUCCGACCGGUUCCGUGACAAACCGAUGUCUCCGAAGGAAACGGCCGUGUACUGGACCGAGUACGUAAUUCGGCAUCGGGGAGCACCGCAUCUGCGAACGGCGGCAUUGAAUCUCUCGCUGGUGCAGUACCACCUUCUGGAUGUUUAUGUUGCGAUGUUUGUAAUUGUGUUAUUAGUUGCUGUUAUGAACAUGUACUUGGUUAAGAAAAUUUUGCUGAAAGUACGUAGAUCUUCGCUCAACAGGAAGAAAAAACUAUUUUAAAUUAUUGGAUUUUUAUUGGAUGAAAUUGCAAUGUGAGAUUUUUGGUCGAUACUUCUUGGCAUACGAUUGAUGAGGAUUUUCAAAUAGAUGCAUUCAAUUUUAGUGUUAUGGUUUUACGCCCACCAAAUUUGAAUUGAAAUAAUUCUUUAAAAUGUAUUAUUGUUAAUCUACAUUGAAAUGAGAAAAAUAAAAUAUA